AUGGCGAGAGGCAAGGUCCAGCUCCGGCGCAUCGAGAACCCUGUCCACCGGCAGGUCACCUUCUGCAAGCGCCGCGCGGGGCUCCUCAAGAAGGCCAGGGAGCUCUCAGUCCUCUGCGAUGCCGACAUCGGUAUCAUCAUCUUCUCUGCGCACGGCAAGCUCUACGACCUCGCCACCACCGGAACCAUGGAUGGGCUGAUCGAGAGGUACAAGAGUGCCAGUGGAGAAGGCAUGGCCGCCGACGGCUGCGGCGACCAGAGAGUGGACCCAAAGCAGGAGGCAAUGGUGCUGAAACAAGAAAUAGACCUUUUGCAGAAGGGACUGAGGUACAUCUAUGGAAACAGGGCAAAUGAGCACAUGAAUGUUGACGAGCUGAAUGCCCUGGAGAGGUACUUGGAGAUGUGGAUGUUCAACAUCCGCUCCGCAAAGAUGCAGAUAAUGAUUCAAGAGAUCCAGGCACUGAAGAGCAAGGAGGGCAUGUUGAAAGCUGCCAACGAAAUUCUCCAGGAAAAGAUGUGUUCCUGGUUGCAGAUAGUAGAACAGCAUGGACUGAUCGACGUAGGCAUGACUAUAGCAGAUCAGCAGAAUGGGCAUUUUAGUACAGUCCCAAUGUUAGAGGAGAUCACUAACCCACUGACUAUACUGAGUGGCUAUUCUACUUGUAGGGGCUCAGAGAUGGGCUAUUCCUUCUGA